UAGUUAUUUUUAUUUUAAUUGUUGUGUGUUUUAUUAUUGAAUUUUACGUAAUUGUAUUCAACGUUUCCACCAACGUAUUGAUCAUUAAAAUGUCCAAUGAACUAAAAGUGAGCAUUGGUGAAGAUGGAAUUCCAUUCAUUCAAUUGGGACAAGAACAAUUACGAUUGGAUUUAGAGGAUCUGGAUGAUGAAUAUAAAAAAAUUGCUGAAAGUGAAUUACGUGAAACGCCUGAAAAUGUACAAGAAGCUGUAGAAAAAUUACGUGAAUUAAUUAGAGCUGAAGAAAAUUUAUCCAUUCCAUUGGAUGAUGAAACAUUUUUAUACAAAUUUUUAAGACCAUGUAAAUUUUAUGCAGAAAGUGCUUUUGUUCGUAUGAAAAAUUUUUAUAAAUUCAAAUUAAAGCAUGAAAAAAUGUGCUCUAAUUUAUUACCCAGCAAUGAACAAAACGUAUUCAAACAAGGAAUUAUAACAUUUAUGCCAAAACGAGAUCGUUUCAAAAGGCGUAUCAUGAUAAUACAAAGCGGAUAUAAAUGGAAACCAAAACAAUGUUCAUUAGAAGAAAUAUUUAAAGCUGUUAUGCUAGCAUUAGAAGCAGCUAUGUACGAACCAAGAACACAAGUAACUGGUGCUGUUGUUAUUUUAGAUAUGGAGGGUUUGUCUUUAUCACAUGUUUAUCAAUUUUCACCACAAUUUGCAAAAAUGGUCCUCGAUUGGGUUCAGGAAUGUGUUCCAUUACGACUUAAAGGUGUUCACAUAAUUAAUCAACCAUUUAUAUUUAAUAUGCUGUAUGCGAUAUUUAAACCAUUCUUACGGGAAAAAUUAAGAAAUCGAGUAUACUUCCAUGGUAAACAGCGUGCACAGUUAGUUGAAUAUAUUGGACCUGAAUCUGUACCAGCAGCAAUUGGUGGAAAAUUAGAAAUACCUGAAAUACCUGGCCUUGUUUUAUAUGAUAUUUUAUGCGAAUAUGAAGAAGAAUAUAAAGCUUGCAACGAAAUUGGUUACAUGAACUGUAUCAGCGUUAAAUAAAAGUCAAGUUGGUGGAGUGCUCUAAGCGAUAUUAUGGAAAAUUGAAAAUGUGAUAGCAACUAGAUAAGAAAUCGAUUUAAUGAAAAUAUUUUUUAUACAUAACUAAUGUAUUUUUAACCUAUUAUUUUGAAAUUUAAAGAUAGAUUUAAAAUUUUUUA